AGCAGAGGUAAAUGUAGCUCUUGUUUUUUCUAUGUAGUUUGAUCCUGUGGCCUAUAGGAUUGAACCAAUGGUGGUCCCAGGAGUGGAAUUUGAGCCAAUGCUGAUCCCACAUCAUAAAGGCAGGAAGCGGAUGCACUUAGAACUGAGAGAGGGCUUGACCAGAAUGAGUAUGGACCUUAAGAACAACUUGCUAGGUUCGCUGCGGAUGGCCUGGAAGUCUUUUACCAGAGCUCCAUACCCUGCCUUACAAGUUUCAGAAGCGGCAGAAGAAACUGAAGCAGAACCUGAAUCAACUUCAGAGAAGCCUAGUGAUGUUAACCCAGAAGAGACCUCUGUGGCAGUUAAAGAAGAAGUCCUGCCUAUCAAUGUGGGGAUGCUGAAUGGAGGCCAACGCAUUGACUAUGUGCUACAGGAGAAGCCUAUUGAAAGUUUUAAUGAGUAUUUAUUUGCUUUACAAAGCCAUCUGUGCUACUGGUAAAUGUUGUUUAUUUUUGUUUGUUUUGUUUAUUUACCUGUUUCAUAGAUAUUUGAUAGAUGUAGAAAAAGGAGGAUAGGCCAGGUGCAUUGGCUCAGGCUUAUAAUCUCAGCACUUCAGGAGGCCAAGGUGGACGAUUGCUUGAGUUCAGGAG